GUACUUACUGUAACUUCCGGGUAAAAUACGAACUAUGCAGCGGUGCAGUUGUCAUUCACUUCAGCGUGCCUGAACAGAGCAGAUGAAACCAUGCUGACCCCAGGAAAGGACGGGAUGCCCAGUAUGAUAGACAGGGCACUGAGGAUGAGGAGGGAGGAACAGGCUCGUCAGGUGGUCCUGGCCUGGGCUGUGCUCAACGUGUCUCUAGCUGGGAUGAUUUACACUGAAAUGUCAGGGAAAUUGCUGAGCCGAUACUACAACAUUACCUACUGGCCUAUCUGGUACAUUGAACUGGUGCUAGCCUCUCUAUUUAGCCUCAAUGCUCUUUUUGACUUCUGGAAAUAUUUCAAGUACACGAUGGCUCCCGCCACCAUUGCUGUAUCCCCUGACCAGCAUCGCCUCCUGGGUCUGAGAAACACAAGUAUUCAGGCCUCUCCGCCUCAAAAGCCAGAAAAAAAGGAGACCCCAGCUCCAGCCCAGUCGUCUCCGCUGCAGGGCCAAAGCGUGCUGAGCUUCAGCCCCUCACGGCCGGCCACCACCAGCCCCAAGUUCUCCCCCAGCUGUGUGCCCGGUUACAGCCCUCCUCUCAGCAACCCAUCCACCCCAGGCAGUGCUGGAGGUCCUUUUUCCCCCUCAGUGGCCUUUGGAAAGGUGUUGAACUACAGUCCCUCCCCUGGCUCCUCUCCCUACCCCAGUAGCAUUGGACCAGCAGAAGGCUCCAGCUUGAGGGCUCGAUAUCGCACGUCCCCCUCAGUGUUUAACUCCCCUGGAAGCAAGGAGGACUACAUGGAGGAUCUGAAAAGCCUGGAGAGGUUCCUCCGCACAGAGGAGGAGAGGAGUCACCGCAGCCAGCUAGGGAGUCCAGAGUCUGUGUCUCCGAGCCACAGCCCAACAUUUUGGAACUACAACCGCUCAGUUGGAGAUUACGCACAGAGCCUAAGGAAGUUCCUGUACCAGCCAGCCUGCCGCUCCCAGGCCCCGUCUGCCCACAAGGAUGAGACGGACUUGGGCUCCAAACAGGCUGCAGAGGAGGUGUGGGCCAGAAUCACAGCCAGUCGCCCUGUUGUAGACCGCAUUGACAGCUGGACGGCCAAACUUAGAAAUUGGAUCAGUGACACCAUCUUGGUCCCCCUGGUGAAGGAAACAGACUCUGUCAACAGCCAGCUCAGGAGGAUGGGCUGCCCUGAGCUCCAGAUAGGAGAGGCCAGUAUAAGCAGCCUGAAACAGGCAGCAGUGAUGAAAGCCUCGUCCAUCCCCACGAUGAACUCUAUCGUUCAGUAUCUGGACAUCACUCCAAACCAGGAGUAUCUAGUGGACCGCGUAAAGGAGCUGGCCCACAGCGGCUGCAUGAGCUCCUUUCGCUGGAAUGGUGGCGGUGAUCUGAAGAACAGGAAGUGGGACACAGACCUCCCCACUGACUGUGCUAUCCUCAUGCAUAUGUUUUGUACAUACUUGGACUCCAGACUGCCCCCUCACCCAAAGUACCCAGAUGGGAAGACUUUCACUGCGCAGCACUUCAGCCACACCCCAGACAAACCUGAUGUUACCAAGGAGAGCCUCUUCUGCAUCCACCAAAGCAGCACCACUCCCCCUCACUACCAGCUCAUCUACCAGGGACACAUCUACAGUCUGCCCAAGGGCAGGAACAACCUGUUCCACACAAUACUCAUGUUCCUCUAUGUCAUUAAGACGAAGGAGUCGGGGAUGCUGGGGAGAGUAAAUCUCGGCCUCUCCGGCGUGAACAUCCUGUGGAUCUUCGAAAACUGAUGUGUCAUCAUUUACAAGAAACAAACAGCUGCAAGUGGAUUUUUUUUCCCCACGAUGCUGUGUGGCUACACUGGGUGGAGUACCGCCUCAACACAAGGACCGCUCUGGAGAAGCAGCACUUAACUUUAAAAGACAAUAAAUGCAUAUUUUUGGAGAUUUUCUCAAUUUACGUGCACAAACUGGUAACACUCUGUAUUGUCAUUUUAAGGACACAUUUCUGUUGCACCAGUGUGUUUAUGAUGCACUGCAGAGCUGAGUUUUUAACAUUGUUUGGUUUUCUGAUUUUGUAUUUUGAGAAUGUACCAGCAUGGCAGCCUUGUAAAUAAUAUACCUCAGAUUUCUCUGGUUAAUUGUAAAGGGCUCUGACCCAUUUAGCAUGAAUGUAAAUACAGUAUGUGUGUUCUUGACUUUUGUUUCUUCUGCUUCAAUGACCUAUUGCAACUGGUAUGUUUUGUUUUCCAAUAGUUGAAUGAUUGCUGUAGUAGGGAUGCUCUUGACAUGCUUGAAGUCACCUACAGGAACUGGACUUGAAGAAAACAAAAGUAUUCUGUAGGAGUGAAGCUUCCCAUAGUACUUGGCUGCGAUGCAACACAUAGCGUACAGUGUUGAUUCUUUUUGAUAUGCGACAGAUAAAAUGAAAAGCCUUUGAAUCACCAAAGUCUUUUUUUUGGAAUAUAACAUCUUUUACAAAAGCCAUUUGUCACAUUUCAAACCUCCCGUGUUUUUUUCAAUUAUGCCAUUUUACAUUUGUCACAAGAGACGUGAAAAUAAAAUUGAGAUAUUAAAAAGAAACAGUUGAAGCAUCU